UCGACAGCAUAAUAAGAUAUAACAACAACAAGAUUGAUGACAAUAGCGACCUCAAUUAUGACUUCAUCUACAACGCAGAUGGCGAUGGAGGCGGCGGCCAUGCAGGAAGCUGCCAUGCUUGGAGAGGAGGGAGCCGCGCUGGAGAUGGUGCGGAUGUAUAGGCAACAGAUAGAGGAGAUCUACGGGGUGCUUAUUCAACAUCAACACAAUCUACCAGCGGACCUUGUGGAGGAGGGUGAGGAGCUGUUCAGUGGUUGGGAGGAGGAGCUUCGUGAAAAUCUUCCUUUUCAACGGUUGGGUGCUAUCAAAAAAGCACAGGUGACGGCGGAGUUGGGGGGUUGUACUGAAGUGUUGGGGAAAGUGAAGGGAAUCCUCGUCGAACUUUGGGAGGGACUGCAUGGCGCGGGGCCUGAGGAGGGGCAGGUGCUGUGUGUGUCGCAGGAUUGUUUGUAUGAAGCAGAUGACGCUUGUAUCCCGGCUGCUUUCCUUAUUGAGGAGGUUGCAAUUCGCUGUGAGAAGCCUGAGGAGGGGCAGGGUUCUGGCGGCGAACUGGAGGAGCGUUCGUUUGCGGGUGACGAGGAUUGCCCUCGGUUGGAGGGGGGGGGUAUUGCCAUGUGUGAGAAGCGUAAUAACAACAACAACAACAACAACAACAACAACAACAACAACAACAACAACAACAACAAUAACGACAGCGUCUUCAAUUUCAGUAAUAUCGACGACGGGUUUACGCUGUUUGUGGCGCAAGGCGACGCUGAUUUCAUGUACAACAACGAUAAUAACAACAGUACAGACAAAAGCGAUGUUAACAAUGAUGAUGACAACAAUCGUAUGGACGAGAACGAUGACAACAGUGAUUGUGCUGGUGUUGUUUUCACUGGUGGGAACAACAACAUCAGGUAUGAUGAUAAUAGCUGUGACAACAAUAACAAUAACAGCAUAGUUGUCGGUAGCAUGAUCGGGAACGCCAUCGAUUGCAUUGAUUAUCAUUGCAAUAACUGAAACAGUUUUCACCUUUGGCAGUAGCCGAUGCAGAUCCCAGGGGUCGA